UUGGCAGGAGCGGCGGCCGACGCAGUAGAGCCAGCGCGACCGCAACACGCGCACGCGCACGCAGCCUAGUGGAGCACUCUAGAGGUUGCAGUGAGCCGACGCCGACCCCAAACCCGCGAUCAACUCGAAGUCUCGUCGUAGUCGAGUCGAACGCGAGCGGUACAUUUGAUUUCCGCGCGAUAUUUUGGCGGAAUUUAGGUGUUCAAGCGCUAGCUCACAUUUCCAGUUACUAAACGCAGCAAUCUUUGGAAUAAACAAAAUGUUCCAAGGAGGCAUCUGGUCGAAGCUGCAGGGCUACUACAAGUGGUACGUCCUCGGGCUGGUCUCCGUGGGAUACAUCCUGGGCGAGUUGGGGCACUACUUGAUAGGAACGACGUCAAAGGUGACUGCCGAGUACCUGCACUACGGGGACAAGGCAUGUAUGCUGAACGCGACACACCUACAUGUCGCCCAGUUGCCCCAAGUCUGCGAGAAGGUCAACUCCUCCGACAUAUGCGAGUCGCUGACGCUGAACGGGACGCGGUACUGCGAGUGGGGCUACAGCGGGCUGGGGCUCGACUACCAGGUGCUGGCGGGUCCCGCCUUCAUGGCCGUCUUCACCGUCGUCGGCGUCAUCAUCGGGGUCAUAGCCGACAAGUUCAAUAGGGCGCGCAUAUUGUCGGCGUGCACUGCGGUUUUCGUGGUGGCCAUCCUGCUGAUGGGCAGCGUAACAGAGUACUGGCACCUGGUAGUGCUGCGAAUGCUUAUGGCGGCGGGCGAGGCGGGCUGCAAUCCCUUGGCCACCGGCAUCCUCACCGACCUCUUCCCGGAACACCAGCGCGCGCUCGUCCUCUCCAUCUUCAACUGGGGCAUCUACGGCGGCUACGGUAUCGCCUUCCCUGUCGGGAGAUACAUCCCCGAACUCAAUGCUUGGGGACUUAGCUGGCGCGUCUGCUACUACGGCGCGGGCAUUGUGGGUGUCGUCAUAGCGGCCCUCACGGCGCUCACACUGCGCGAGCCCGAGCGCACCACCAUCGGGGAAGAAGGUUCGGUACCCUCCAAAGGCAAAGACGCCGCGCUCGAGAGCGGCAAGAAGAUGCCGCAGGUGACGAUCUGGCACGUGAUCGCGCAGCCGCGUGUGCUGCUGCUCUGUCUGGCCGCCUCCAUCCGGCACUGCGGCGGCAUGUGCUUCGCGUACAACGCGGACCUGUACUACCGCGAUUACUUCCCCGACGUCGACCUCGGCUGGUGGCUGUUCGCCGUCACCGUCGGCAUCGGCUCCGUCGGCGUCGUCGUCGGCGGCGUCGUCUCCGACAAGUUCGUGGCGCGCAUGGGCGUGCGGUCCCGCGUGCUGGUGCUGGCGCUGUCACAGCUCAUCUCCACGCUGCCGGCAUUCGGCUCCGUAAUCUUCGGCCCGCUCUGGGCGAUGAUCACACUCGCCUUCUCCUACUUCUUCGCCGAGAUGUGGUUCGGCAUCGUGUUUGCGAUCCUGGUGGAGAUCGUGCCGAUGUCGGUGCGCUCCACCACGGUGGGCGUGUUCCUCUUCGUCAUGAACAACGUGGGCGGCAACCUGCCCAUCCUCGUGGACCCCGUCUCGAAGGCCAUCGGCUACCGGGAGGCCAUCAUGAUCUUCUACGCCGGCUUCUACGGCAUCAGCAGCAUACUGUUCUUCCUGACGAUGUUCCUGAUGGACGGGCCGGCGCCGGCGGAGACGCAGAACGGGGCGCAGGUUGGGGGGCAGGGCGCAGACAACCGCGCCUUCAGCCACGACGAGAGCACGCUCUCCGCCGCCCGCGCCAUUCGCGGCGCCCAGCCCAUAGACAAUAGCAAGUUAUAGACGCGCGCGCCCAAGAUUAUGUGACGCGCUUGCGGCGCCGUGUUGAGGUCGGGUCGAUGUGAAAAAUCGAUUCUUGCCAUAACUGAAGCAAUUUUUCAAAAGUGGUUUCGUUUUUUUCGAUGGCUUCUUUUGUUAUUGCAUUAAUUUUGUUAAAUUGUUUUAUUGAAUUGAAUUUGCAUAAUUAUAAGAAAGAAGACAAUCGUUUUGCGACUUGGCAUUCUCAUUUAUAAUGAAAGUCUAAAAUCGAUAAUAUUCAAA